AUGGCUACGGAAGUGUAUACGUCAGAAAAACAGGGUUGUGACAAGACCGGGAACGGAACUGCCCAGGCACCCUUCAAAACUGUUCUACAAGCCCUGAUUCGCCUGCACGGGAAAUUAGAGGCAGACACACGAAUAUGGGUAGACGGUGCUGGGGACGAAAAGUGGGACCUGGUCUCGAAAACGAAGUUGAAAAAGACCAUGAAACUGUACAGUGCAGAAAUGAAGAAAGCCGAAAAGGAAAAAGUGGCAAAAGAGACAAGCGACGCUCAGACGGCAGCAGCGUUAGCCGAGGCAACCUCGAUCAAACUGACCCUUGAUCCGAAGUUACCCAAACCGAUCGAGUGCAAGAUUCGUGAUCUGAAACAAAAUUUGGGCAAGCGAGUUCGCAUUUUCGGCUGGGCGCAUCGUAUUCGUCGUCAGGGACGCACACUGAUGUUCAUCAUACUGAGGGAUGGCACUGGAUUUCUUCAAUGUGUGCUCUCUAAUGAUCUGUGCCGUACUGUGGAGGCAAUUCAGCUGUCCACGGAAUCCACAAUUGUGGUCUACGGGAUGAUUAACCAAGUUCCCGAAGGUAAAGCUGCCCCGGGCAAUGUGGAGUUACAGGCGGACUACUGGGAACUGAUUGGAAAAGCACCAGCCGGCGGUGUGGAGGAUGUGUGCAAUGCGGACAGUGAUGUGGAUGUUCUUUUGGACAACCGGCAUUUGGUUAUUCGUGGUGACAAGUCAUCGAGGAUUCUCCGCGCGGUCAGCAUCAUCACAGGUGCGUUCCGAGCGCACUAUCACGAUCGUGGUUAUGUGGAGGUUCAUCCACCCACAUUCGUGCAAACCCAAGUAGAGGGCGGUUCCACUCUGUUUUCCCUCAACUACUUUGGAGAGACCGCCUACUUAUCACAAUCCUCGCAAUUGUACUUGGAAACAUGUGUACCCGCAUUGGGCGAUUGUUAUUGUAUCACUCGUAGCUACCGAGCUGAGAAGAGCCGCACACGACGUCACUUGUCGGAAUAUAACCACGUAGAAGCCGAAUGCCCAUUUAUCAAUCUGGACGGCUUGUUGGAUCGAAUAGAGGAUCUCGUUGUGGAUGUGUCAAAACGUGUCAUGGAUCAAGCGGGUGACCUGAUUCACGAGAUCAAUCCGAGCUUUGUCCCACCCAAAGGACCGUUCCAGCGACUUCGCUAUGAGGAAGCGAUCAAAAUGCUGAACCAAUCGGGCAUCACAAAAGAGGAUCUGACCCCAUUCGAAUUCGGAGACGAUAUACCUGAGGCUCAAGAACGUCGUCUAAUCGACCAGAUCGGAGUGCCUGUGCUACUGACUCACUUCCCAGCGGGAAUGAAGGCAUUCUAUAUGCUACGUACAGAAGGCGAUCCUCGGCUAACUGACUCGGUCGAUUUGUUGGUACCUGGCGUAGGCGAGAUUGUUGGCGGCUCGAUGCGUAUGACCGAUAUGGAUCAGCUGAUGAGCGGUUACAAACACGAAGGGAUUGACCCAACACCAUACUAUUGGUACACAGAUCAGGUGCGUUCCCGUGGCGUUUGUGCUGUUGCACUGUAA